CGGAGAGCGAGGAGACGUUGCGCGUCACCAAGGAUGUGCAGAAGCGAGCUGAGGAGAAAUAUAAGGUGCUGGAGAACAAAAUGAAGAAUGCCGAAGCCGAGAGGGAGAAGGAGCUGAAGGCCGCCCAGGAAAAACUCAACUCAGCCAAGGCCAAAGCUGAUGCCUUCAACAAGAAGUUAAAGCAGAAGCAGCAGGAGUCUGAAGCUUUGGCUCUGGAGCUGGAGGAGCUGCAGAGGGAGCAGGCAGGUUAUGAACAGCAGAUUCAGGCUGUAGACGAGGCGAUGAGGGCCAUCCAGGAGCAGAUAGACAGCAUGGCCUGCACCGUGUCUCAGAACAAGGAAGCAGUGCGCAAAGCUCAGGAGGAACUGGCCAAGCAGAAAGAAGAGAUCAUGACUCAGGACAAAGAGCUCAAGGGAAAAAGCACUGAGGUCAAUAAGAUGAGGGAGCAGAACAACGAAGUCCAGCUGAAGAUUAAGGAGCUGGAGCACAACAUCAGUAAGCACCACAGAGAAAGUCAGGACGCUGCUGAUAAGGUGACUCGGAUGCUGGAGGAACACGACUGGAUCCAUUCAGAGCGUCAGUUCUUCGGCCAACCGAACACCUCCUACGACUUCAAGACCAAUAACCCCCGCGAGGCGGGUCAGCGUCUGAAGAAGCUGGAGGAGACCACCACCAAGCUGGAGAGGAACGUCAACAAGAGAGCCAUGAACAUGUUGAACGAGGCCGAGGAGAGGUACAACGACCUGAUGAAGAAGAAGAGGAUUGUGGAGAACGACAAAGCUAAAAUCUUGCAGACUAUCGAGGAGCUGGACCAGAAGAAGAACGAGGCUCUGAAUGUGGCUUGGCAGAAGGUGAACAAGGAUUUUGGCUCCAUUUUCUCCACUCUCCUGCCUGGGGCAACAGCAAAGUUGGCUCCUCCUCAGGGAUGUGGAGUCUUGGACGGCCUUGAGUUCAAAGUAGCUUUGGGUGACACCUGGAAGGAGAAUCUCACCGAGCUCAGUGGUGGGCAAAGGUCUCUCGUGGCUUUAUCUCUCAUCUUGGCCAUGUUGCUCUUCAAACCUGCUCCCAUUUACAUCCUAGACGAGGUGGAUGCUGCUCUGGAUCUGUCACACACGCAGAACAUUGGCCAGAUGUUGCGCACGCAUUUUAGGCACUCACAGUUUGUGGUGGUGUCACUCAAGGACGGCAUGUUCACUAAUGCCAACGUCUUGUUUAAGACCAAGUUUGUCGACGGCAUGUCCACAGUGAGCCGGACUGCACUCAGCCAGAGUGAUACCAACCUGCCCCUGAAGGGCCAAGACAAGGCUCGUCACAAGGACAAGAGGAACAAACAAGUGAUCAGCUGAGCAGGACAGUCAAAUCUGACUUAUUCUUUUUGUUUUCUAAAAAUCACGUCAGUUAUCUAAUCCAUCUACUUGUUUUCUGGUUUGUCAUUGCUUUUCAAAAUUUUUAACAAUGUUUCACCUCUAUCUAUUUAGAAUCUUAUGUUCAACUUUCUCAUCUUUCAUGUUGUCCUUUAGAGAUUUCUUUACUUUUCUAUGCAACCAAUGGCCUAUAUAUUUUUUGUAAAUAAAGUUAAAACAUUGAUUGUU